UCACAGGUAUACACUGUGUUCUUGAUCUUUUCUCACUACCCAAUUCGAGCAAUCUAAUUCACAACGCAAAAUCACCAUAAUGGCGCCCACAACAACCAAGCAAUGGACGGUGGAAGGAAAGGACGGGUUUGAAGCGCUCAAGUUCAACGAGAAGGCUCCCAUCCCAGAGAUUGGCGACAAAGAUGUCCUCGUCAAGAUUCACGCCGCGUCCCUCAACUACCGCGACCUGAUCAUCCCCAAGGGCAGAUACCCCUUCCCCGCGAAGGACAACGUCGUCCCAGGAUCUGACGGCGCCGGCACCGUCGAAUCCGUCGGCAAGAGCGUGACCCGCUUCAAGCCCGGAGACAAAGUAGUAACCCUCUUCAACCAAGGCCACAUCGCCGGCUCGCUCGACAUGCAAUCCCUCAGCACCGGCCUAGGCGGCGCCGUCGACGGCACCCUCCGCGAAUACGGCGUCUUCGCCGAACAAGGCCUCGUCGCCAUGCCCACAAACCUAAACUUCCUCGAAGCCAGCACCCUCAGCUGCGCCGCCCUCACAGCCUGGAACGGCCUGUACGGCCUCGAAACCCGCGCGCUCAAGCCCGGCCAAACAGUCCUGACACAAGGCACAGGCGGCGUCAGCAUCUUCGCGGUGCAGUUCGCCAAAGCAGCAGGCGCGCGCGUCAUCGCCACGACAUCAUCCGCGGAGAAAGCAGAGCUGCUGAAGAAGUACGGCGCCGACGAAGUCAUCAACUACAAGGAGACGCCCAACUGGGGCGAGAAGGCAAAGUCGCUCACCCCGGGCCAAGUGGGUGUGCAGCACGUCAUCGAGGUCGGCGGGCCGACCACAAUGGCCCAGUCCCUCAAGGCCGUUGCUAUCGACGGCGUUAUCAGCAUCAUUGGCUUCGUCGGCGGUAUGUCCAAGGACCAGCCUACCUUCCUCGACUGCUUGAACAAUAUCUGCACCGUGCGCGGCUUGUUGGUCGGCUCGCGUCUGCAGAUGGAGGACAUGUGUGCGGCGAUUCAGACGAAUGACCUGCACCCUGUUGUGGAUGAGAAGGUGUUUGAUCUUGAGAAUCUGAAGGAUGCGUACCAGUACAUGUGGGACCAGAAGCACUUUGGUAAGCUGACUGUGAAGGUAGCCUCGUGAGGGCAGCAAGGCCGGUAAGAAUAGCUUCCGUAUAGCAUAGCAUAGCAUAACGAGAAGACUAUUCAUCACGCUCUGCUUGUUCGAGAUCGUGGUGCUGAUUGCGUAUAUUGCGCGUGAAAAUAUACAGCGUCACCUACGCGGAUAGAUGUCGGGCUGAGAAAUCGCAGUGCUUCAAAUCACUAUUCAUUAACCGCCCUGAAAGCACGACUGACAAAUAACUGCCCAACCUCAUAAGUCCUAGAUGAAGUAUUGUCCCAGCAGGCAAACCUGGCUUGGUUGACCUCCUCCAUCCACAUCACAAGAUGGGGAGGUGGAUAUGGAUAUACAGGGGCCAGUCAAUCAGUCUGUCAGUAAACAUAAACACAAGAUACCACAAACAUAUUCAUCAAC